UGUGGCCGUAGAAGCGAUGUGAAGAGUGGCAUUUUGCCAAUGAAAUUCUUUCGACAGUUCACAGCCAGCGCGGACAAAGUCGCCACGCAGCUCACUGCCACAACGUACAGCUACAUUUUCCAGAACAUGCUCGACAGCACGGUGCGAGUCUUGUUGGAAGAAGAUCCAGAAGGAAUGCUUCAGGCUGCCCAGAAUGACAUGGACACCGGCAUUCCAAUGGUCGGAAAGCAUGCGGAGACCCACAGGAACAAAGUCUUGAAGAGAUAUCGCUCAAUUGUGGAAAGCACCCGUCCUUUCCAGGAGUUCAUCGUGUUACCAGAGCAAAUGAAAACGGUUAUAAUGAGAUCACCCAUGCUGCGGAUGACCAUAGGCAUUAGUGAACCAGGAGGAGUGCUGAAGAUUGUGAUGGUGCAGAAGGUCGCCACAGAGUCCAAGCUUCCAGUGACCAUCAACGAAGGACAUGCUCGGAUGCGGGCCAAGAUGGUUCGUGCAGAUACGCUGGAGGAAUCGCUUCUUUCCUUUGGCAAAACGGUGGGUUUUAAGAAGGAGGAUCUCCUGGAUGCCCUUGAUCAAGAGACUGAACCGAUGUCUGCGCGGCCAACGGACAAGUCCAGGUCUGCGCCGGAAGCCACGGCGGAUGCGGAGUGGGAGCAGCUAAUGGAAGCGACAAGGUCCAUGAAUUCCAUGAAGGAAAGCAAAGAAAGACAGGAGGUCCAAACAGAUCUAUUUGAAGCUGGCACUAUUUCCUUUGGUUCCUUUGGCCAAGAGCCGCGUGAACGAGUGAGCUUUCAAGAUGAAUUGGACCAAAUGCCGGCCCACCAGGAACAGACGGGCAUGCAUACUAGCCCAGAAGCAUAUUAUGGCAGGGGUCAGGAUAGCCAGGCAUGCCACCAGCCAGCAUUUGGGCAACAGGCAGCUGCUUCAAGUGCCUUUGGCAGACAGGCAAGCCCUUCAAGAGGGCGCGAAACAUACGAGGCGUCCCACCAGCCAGCCUUUGGACAACAACCAGCUUCAACUGCCUUGGGGAGACAAGAAGGUCAGGCAUGCCACCAGCCAGCAUUUGGGCAGCAGCCAGCUGCUUCAAGUGCCUUUGGCAGACAGGCAUGCCACCAGCCAGCAUUUGGGCAACAGCCAGCUGCUUCAAGUGCCUUUGGCAGACAGGGAAGCCCUUCAAGAGGGCGCGAAACAUACGAGGCGUCCCACCAGCCAGCCUUUGGACAACAACCAGCUUCAACUGCCUUGGGGAGACAAGAAGGUCAGGCAUGCCACCAGCCAGCCUUUGGGCAACAGCCAGGUGGUUCAAGUGCCUUUGGCAGACAGGCAAGCCCUUCAAGAGGGCCCGAAGCAUUUGGCAGAGGUCCGGAGAGUCAGGCAUGCCACCAGCCAGCCUUUGGACAACAACCAGCUUCAACUGCCUUGGGGAGACAAGAAGGUCAGGCAUGCCACCAGCCAGCAUUUGGGCAACAGCCAGCUGCUUCAAGUGCCUUUGGCAGACAGGGAAGCCCUUCAAGAGGGCGCGAAACAUACGAGGCGUCCCACCAGCCAGCCUUUGGACAACAACCAGCUUCAACUGCCUUGGGGAGACAAGAAGGUCAGGCAUGCCACCAGCCAGCCUUUGGGCAACAGCCAGGUGGUUCAAGUGCCUUUGGCAGACAGGCAAGCCCUUCAAGAGGGCGCGAAACAUACCAGGCGUCCCACCAGCCAGCCUUUGGACAACAACCAGCUUCAACUGCCUUGGGGAGACAAGAAGGUCAGGCAUGCCACCAGCCAGCAUUUGGGCAGCAGCCAGCUGCUUCAAGUGCCUUUGGCAGACAGGCAAGCCCUUCAAGAGGGCGCGAAACAUACCAGGCGUCCCACCAGCCAGGCUUUGGACAACAACCAGCUUCAAGUGCCUUGGGGAGACAAGAAGGUCAGGCAUGCCACCAGCCGGCAUUUGGGCAACAGCCAGCUUCGAGUGCCUUUGGGAGACAACCUUGUCCAGCAACAGGGCCCGAAGCAUUUGGCAGAGGUCCGGAGAGUCAGGCAUGCCACCAGCCAGCCUUUGGACAACAACCAGCUUCAAGUGCCUGUGGGAGACAACCUUGUCCAGCAACAGGGCCCAAAGCAUUUGGCAGAGGUCCGGAGAGUCAGGCAUGCCACCAGCCAGCCUUUGGACAACAACCAGCUUCAAGUGCCUUUGGGAGACAGCCUUGUCCAGCAACAGGGCCCGAAGCAUUUGGCAAAGGUCCGGAGAGUCAGGCAUGCCACCAGCCAGCCUUUGGACAACAACCAGCUUCAAGUGCCUGUGGGAGACAACCUUGUCCAGCAACAGGGCCAGAAGCAUUUGGCAAAGGUCCGGAGAGUCAGGCAUGCCACCAGCCAGCCUUUGGACAACAGCCAGCUGCUUCAAGCCGUGCAAGCAGGCCUAUGAGCGCGCGCAUGGCUCCAAGCGACAGCCGAGCAAUUCCAAAGGGUUUCAUUGCGGCUGAAGCGAAGGUGGAAGUCUUUUCCUUCAGCCUCAAUCGCUGGCUUCCCGGAUUCCUGGUGGGUCUAUGCAUCGAUGCUGGAGGUAUACCCCCAGGCUCGGCCUGUGUCAUCUAUGAGAUUUCCCCAAAGAAGUUCACGCAGAAGAUCUUGCCUCCAAGCAACUUUAGCAGCGCGCUGAGAAUGGUGAGCUAA